AUGGUGCGCCUGACGGUGGAUCUUAUCCAACAUUCCUUGUCGUACCUCAACCCGCUCAAGGAGAGGGAGCUUGAUCUCCGAGGACACAGAAUACCAACCAUCGAGAAUCUUGGUGUCGCGGGCCCACAAGAUGCGAUAGAUUUCACCGACAAUGACAUCCAGAUCCUCGGCAACUUUCCGCUGUCCCCACGGAUACGCACCCUCCUGCUCGCGCGUAACCGCGUCGCCUCGAUCCAGCCCACCUUGCCCAGCUCGAUCCCCAACCUGACGAACCUGGUGCUGGCGUCCAACCAGCUGACGGAGCUGGCGGACCUGGACGUGCUGGGCAAGUUUGUGCGGCUGACGCAGCUGGUGCUGAUGGAUAAUCCUGUUACGAAGAAGGAGCAUUACCGGUAUUGGGUGGUAUGGCGGUGCCCAACGGUGCGAUUCCUGGACUACCAGAAGGUCAAGCAAGCGGAGCGUGACAAGGCUGCCGAGCUGUUCGGCACGGCCGAGGAGCCAACGGAGCUUGCUUCCAAGAUCAUGGGCAUCAGGUCGACAGGCUUCAAUGCGGCUGCGGCCAACGGCGCGGCGGCGCCUCGGUCGAGAAUGAAGCGCCUGAAGCUUACGGACAAGGAGAAGCAGAGGCUGCAGGAGAGGAUCAAAAAGGCAGGCAGCCUGGAGGAGAUCAUACGGCUAGAGAAGGACUUGGAGGAGGGUCGACUGCCUCCUGGCAUCCUGAGCGAAGAUGCCAUGGAGGAGUAA